AUGACAGAAUCCAUCUCUACUCCGCCAGUAUCUGAAUGGAGUGACCUCACUAUCUGCGACGGCGCUGGGUCUGAUGAAGGGGAUACUUUCAAGUAUAGAUGUAAUGAAUGCCGCAUUGUGUGCGCCGGUAUAGAGGAUCUCUGUUGCCACCUCCUCAGUGAGGCUGCAACCCAUGUUGUCUGCCCGGUCUGUUUCAAGGAAUUUCAUGGUAAGUGCUGGGAGGAGAGAGUCAAGGAGAAACAGCGACAUCUUGAUGAGCACAAUGAACAGGGAGGUCAAGUCAUGAGCCCAGUCUUCUUCCGACAGAUGGAGUGGAUUUUCAGGAGGAGGAAGGCAUUCGGGAUUUUUGAUAUUCCUAUCAUGAGUUCAGCUGCUGCGUAUCGUCUUAUUCCCAGCGGCCCAGCAAUAGGGGAGGCUGUCCGAGAAAAUAGCACAGAAGAACGGAAAUCUCACAUCGCUCUCAACGACACUAUCCAAUCCAUACCAAUACCUGCCAAUGAAAAUGAUAUGAAUGGGAAGACACAGUCACCGGAAGAAACAUGUUACGAAUGUCCAGGCGAGAGCAGAAUCCGAGGCUUAUAUGGAGACAAGGACAAAUCUGACAAUGACAGCCAGCCCUUGAAUCCCAGCCUCUCUGACCACAGUGCUGGUAGCAAGGAAGGUGAUGCGGCGUCUCGAGCAACGUCUGCAAUCAAGCACAUGCAGUCUAAGGGCAGAAAGAAACGGAUGUUUCCUUAUUACCACUGGGAGCCGGAUAUGCUCUACCUGAGAGACCGCGACAUAGACCUGGAACUGCUAAAGAGCGAGAGACUCAAAGAGAUGAGUUGGCUCAGAGAUUUCGAAGGAGCUUAG